AUGGAUCAAGUAAUCACUCAACUUAGAGGAUAUCUCACAUCUAAUGACGAAAGAGUACUUGUCGAAGCUACGAAGCUUUGCCAAGGCCAAAAUAUUCCAGCUGUCAUUCCAGAACUUCUUAAAUUAACAUCACAUACAAACAUUGAAGUAUCUGCUAACGCUUUAAUUGCUCUCAUUGAUAUGACAUCAAAGUACAAUGAAGCAAUUCGUCAAAUUAUUUCCUUUGGCGGCGUUACUCGUCUUCUUGAAGCUUCAAUUGCUGCAAUUCCAUCAAAUGUCAACUAUCGUUUAAUGCUUUUGACAAACAUUACAACUGAACAUCAAGGUACUCUUGAUUUACUUGAUCUUAAAGACCCAGAAUUAAAAGGUCAAAGAUUAUUGAGAUUAGCAAUCCGCUUUGCUACUCCACCAGCUGAAUACGCAAUUCCACAGACAGAAAUGCUCAAAGGUCUUCCAAUUAAAGCGUCUACAACAAUCAAUGACGAAUAUGAAUACGCAGCUAUGGUUUUAAUGAACGCAACCCUCGUCAAAGAAGGUCGUGAGAUCUUUUAUGAGAAUCCUAAAUUCUUCAUGCCAUCAUUCCUCGAAUCUAUGUCAUCAAAUAACCCAAUCCGUAAGCAAGGCAUCAUUGGCGUUAUCAGGAAUCUUUGUUUCGAUAAUACCCGCCAUCAAUUCCUCCUCGAAGAGGCAAACAUUCUCAAACAUAUCAUCAGACCACUCGUUCCACCAUCAAUUGAAGAUAAUAUCACAGCAUUCGAAAUGUUACAACAAGCGUUCCCUGGCGUUUCAUUCCCAGGCUUAGAACAAGUUACAGAAAAUAGACGCAAUCUCCUUGAAACACUGAUGCUUCUUACACAGUCAGAAGUUGGUAAACAACAUCUGAUUCAGCACCACGUCGUAUUCGUGAUGAGAGAAGUCCAAGCUCAAGAAAAAGAUGAAAGAUGCCAAGAAUUGACUCUUAGAAUUGGAGCAAUCUUACUUGGACCAGAGAAUCUCCCAUCUAAGGAAGAAGCUGAGAAAUUACAACGCGAAAUAGAUGCUCAAAAUUCCGGUGUCGAUUAA